AUCAACAAACUCGCUAAGCGCCUGAGAGCGCCAAGAGCGCGUCCGGCGACACACAACUUGCGGCAAUGGCUUCUGCAAACGAGUAGCAGCGCAGCGGCGUGAACGUGCGAAAACGGACUGAGGGCGGAACACAACCACACAACCGGCACCACUACAAACCGGGUGGCAGUCUAGUAAAGUUACGGCAGCAGCACCUGAAGCGUUCAUCGCCGGCAGCGAAGGCGAACCCGCGCGCGUGGACGGUGAACCAAAGAGCAUCUUCGACGCGCUCGCGGAUCGACACUGUGCUUCCGGGUGCUGCGGGUCGCUCUCGUUACCCGCGCGGCGGAUGUCGAUCGUGUGCGCCCCCAGCCCGCGAAAGGUUAAGACACAGUAUCUUGGCAAUCGAGUGGUGCGUGCGGUAAGCAAAACUGCACCUUGCCGUCAAAGGAAUCUCUUUAGCUAAAGUGAUCGAGAGAUUUGGUUCUUCGAGUGGUGUGGACGCUCUGCAGUGCAGUGUCUAACCACUUCGACCGCCUCGAUCGUCCAGAAGAACGAACGAACGAGACUUCCCAAAGGGGUUAACAAUCAGCAAACAGUUCAGGCUAUGAUCGGUAUGAGGAUCGUGCCGUUGUGAAUCAUUGCGAAAAUGGCACAUACCGACAAAUUGUUGUAUGAACGUUGUCGCAAGAGAUCAAACAAGAUGAAUUAAGCCUUCCUGUCACUGUUCCGCGGAAGAUUGUGCAUAGAGUUGGCUGAAAGCGCACAAUUGAUAAGAGUGCAACGGUAAAUCGAGCGAGCGCCAUUCGCGUCUGUUGUGGAGGCCGCAGUGAAAGAAUUAAACAACCCGAAAUCAUCGAUCCCCCAAUACUACAUCAGCAUAGUGCGUGUGCAAGAACGCAUUUCGCCGUGCGCGCAGCAGACCCACCGGACGAUGGGUUACGAUUUGACCCGGUUUCAGGGCGAAGUCGACGAGGAGCUGAUUUGUCCCAUCUGUUCCGGUGUACUGGAAGAACCGUUGCAGGCCGUUGCCUGCGAGCAUGCAUUCUGCCGCGGUUGCAUCACCGAGUGGUUGUCGCGGCAGCCUACCUGCCCAGUCGAUCGCAACCCGAUCACGAACAACAAUCUCCGCGCCGUGCCAAGAAUCCUGCGCAAUUUGCUGUCCCGGCUGAACAUUACCUGCGAGAACGCAAUGUACGGCUGCACGCUCGUGCUGAAGCUGGACACGCUGGCGGCCCACAUAGAGGAGUGCGAGCACAACCCAAAGAGGCCGCUACCGUGCGAGAAGGGGUGCGGCUUCGUCAUACCGAAGGACGAGUACAAGGAUCACAACUGCUUCCGGGAGCUGCGCUCGCUGGUCCACAGCCAGCAGCAGAAGAUGGGCGAGCUGAAGAACGAGAUCAACGAUCAAAACUUGGUGAUAAACGAGCUGAAGCGCGAACUUAAUCUCGUGAAGGAUUUCAUGCGGGCCAUGCGGGUGUCGAAUCCCGCCAUGCGUGCCAUUGCCGAUCAGAUGGAGCGAGACGAGGUGACCCGGUGGUGCAACGGGUUGGCCCGGGCACGUGUCACUCGAUGGGGCGGAAUGAUUUCCACCCCGGAUGACGCACUGCAGCUAAUGAUCAAACGAGCACUGUCCGAAUCGGGUUGCCCACCUCAUAUACUGGACGAUUUGAUGGAAAACUGCCACGAGCGUCGGUGGCCCCGCGGUCUCAGUUCACUAGAAACGCGCCAAAAUAAUCGGCGGAUAUACGAAAACUACAUUUGCCGGAGAGUACCCGGUACGGCGGUAGGUAAACAAGCCGUUCUGGUGUUGCAGUGCGACAAUACGCACAUGAACGAGGACGUGAUGGUCGAGCCGGGACUGGUGAUGAUAUUUGCACACGGCAUCGAAUAGUUAGCGGGCGGGGAGCCGGGCGGCACCAAUUACUGAUGAUGGGAACGGGGACGAGAGCCCCUCCGGAGGUACACUGGUUCAUGUCGCAUCAGAUGAUCUCCCCGAUAUUAAACGACAGGGACAUUAACAUUCUCCCCGCCCCAUUGCCGGCCAUGGCCAAUAAUACAAGUUGAUCUCUUGGGUCUCAGAUUCGGUUUUCAUCGAUGCCCGCGCACACACAGCUCAAUGGCAUCGGAGCGCGCCGACCAAGCGCGCCGACCGCCGCCGGUGCAGUGCUGCGCAGUACGGUGUAUGGACCUAUGGUGUGCCGAAAAGUUUGGACAGUUUGCUCGAGAGACAUAGGAAGACGAGAAGAAGGUUGAAAAACAGCUCUAGUCCUUUCAAUCUUCCUCUCUCAUAGUGUGGCUCUCGGAAGCAAAAGCAACCUUCCAACUUUCAAACACGAAACAAUUUGUGAUUUAAAAUACGUUAGGGAACCCGCCGUGCCGCCUUUGACGGAAAAGUGUCCAUGCAGAAGCUUGUUUUGUCUCUGCUGUCUCUGUUCUUUCGGAUCACUUGUGCGUGGUUACACAGCAUCUUGCUGGGAAGGCCACCGCGAUUGCGCCAUCCGCGCUAGUUACAGACAUCCCCUGUUGCGUGAUUACGCCGUUUGUAUAAAACUCCUAGCCGUUCGUGAACGGUAACUGUACAGAACCGGCUUGAAGCUGCUAUACGACUUAACCGCACAAUCAUUUCCCGAUCUUCUUGCACUCGCCUGCCAAUCAUCAAUGGAUGUCUGUCUUUUACGGGUGGUUUCUACGUUUUGAAUCAGCGAUCUGCGAUCCGACGAUCAAAACCAAAAGGAUGCUCUCCCACUCUCUAUCGGAUGCAAAAGAUCGAUUUAGGAAGAUCGCGAAGAGACACAGGCACAGGCAGUACGGAGAGGAGUAGCUACCCCCUGGCGGCUCUUCCAGAGCAUGCAGAAAGGGAACAAUUCGGGACAGGACAACCUUAGUUUAGCUUGUUUCGUUAAUUGGAGUGGAAGGUGGCCCUAUUUCGUUUACGGUUUAAGUUUCAGUUACUUUCGUUCGUAUAUUAGUAUCUAAUUAGGGAGAUAGAAAACUAACUGAUUGUGGCGUUUCGAAGUGAACAGGCCAUGGGCUUACCCAGCAGGGUACGCCAAUCAGUAAGCGUGAACGAGAGAACGAAUGAAUGCAGGUCAGUUAUGGGCCACGCCAGCGUAAAGAAUGGUACGUAAUUAAGGUUGAGA